AUUAAACUUUAAACAUUAAAUCCAACUAGUAAAGCAAUAUUAUUCUAUCAAGUUACAAUAUUAUUAUCAUUACUUACAAUAUUUAUGACUAAUCAAAACAUUAAAAAUACACAAUCUACAAGUAUUAAAUAAAGCAAAUACUUUUUCAAAAAAUUAACUAUUCAAAGCAAGAAUAUUGAAAUAAAAUUUUGAAUAAUAUAGGAAAUAAAAUUAAAUAGCCAAGUCUUAUUAAGAGGUAGAGAAAUAUCUUAAAUUUAAAAUAAUUGUGUUUCUUAUAAAAUACAUGGAUUAAAUUGUUUAAAAAAUUAUUUUAUGCUCUAUGGCUAAUCCAUCAGAGGAUGUUUACCAAAAAGAAGAAAGAAAAUAUGUUUUUAAAAAUCCAGACUUUGAUAGCAACAAGACAGUGAAUGGUAAAAAAAAAAUGUGGCGAUCUUUGAAACAAAUCAUAGCACAAGAGAGAAAUUUACCAUGGCCUGAUGAUACAAUUAAUUAUAGCUGUAUAUCAGCUCCACCAUCUUUUAAACCUGCUAAAAAAUAUUCUGAUAUUAGCGGGUUGAUUGCAAAGUAUAAAGAUCCACAAACAUCAUUGUAUUAUGCUGGUCACGAGGAAUUUAGUACAGUGAGAAAUUUACCAAGUGAUAUAAUUACAGGAUACCUAACACUACGCGGUGCUUACAAUCCAAUUGGAUAAAAUAAAAUUUGUUAACAUCUAUAAAUCCAAAAUAUUAAAAAAAUAAUUUAUAUUAUGAUAUAUUAAACAGCAAAUAAAUAUACUUUUUAUAAUAAA